AACCAUUUUCGAACAUCUUCGGAAUCCGAUCACGGCAAUGGCGGUCGGGAACGAGUGGAUCAACGGGUACUUGGAGGCGAUUCUGGACAGCGGAGGGGCGGCGGUGGACGAGCAGCGGGGGGCGUCGCCCAAGGUGAGCCUGGGGGGCCGGGGCCACUUCAAUCCGACCAAGUACUUCGUCGAGGAGGUGGUGACGGGCGUCGACGAGAGCGACCUCUACCGCACCUGGGCCAAGGUGUCCGCCACCCGCAACUCCCGCGAGCGCAGCACCCGCCUCGAGAACACCUGCUGGCGCAUCUGGCACCUCGCGCGCAAGAAGAAGCAGUUGGAAUUGGAGGAUGUGCAAAGGCGCGCGUACCGGCGGUGGGAGCUGGAGCAGGGGUGGCGGGAUGCGACGGAGGACAUGUCGGAGGACCUGUCGGAGGGCGAGAAGGGCGACGUGGUUGGGGAGAUGGUGCAGACGCCGCGGAAGAGGUUUCAGAGGAACUUCUCUGAUCUCCAAACUUGGUCUGAUGAUAACAAAGGAAAGAAGCUCUACAUUGUCCUCAUCAGUAUGCAUGGUCUCGUCCGCGGCGAAAACAUGGAGCUGGGUCGCGACUCCGACACUGGAGGUCAGGUGAAAUAUGUCGUGGAGCUCUCUCGAGCCCUGUCGAUGAUGCCGGGCGUCUACCGGGUCGAUCUCUUCACGCGCCAAAUCACGUGCCCUGAAGUAGACUGGAGCUACGCAGAACCGACAGAAAUGUUAACACCAAUCUCAAAUGAAUCAAACAACAGCAAUGAGGAAGUCGGCGAGAGCGGAGGAGCUUACAUUGUCAGAAUACCGUUCGGUCCGACGAACGAAUACCUUCGGAAAGAGCAACUGUGGCCUUACAUACAAGAAUUUGUAGAUGGGGCUCUAGCUCAUAUUUUGAACAUGUCAAGGGUUUUAGGUGAACAAAUUGGCGAGGGGAAACCGGUGUGGCCAUAUGUUAUUCAUGGACACUAUGCCGAUGCCGGAGAUGCUGCAGCUCUUCUCUCAGGUGCAUUGAAUGUGCCCAUGGUGCUAACCGGCCAUUCGCUGGGGAGGAACAAGUUGGAACAGCUACUUAAGCAAGGGAGACAAUCGAUGGAGGAUAUCGACGCUAUGUACAAGAUAAUGCGGAGGAUAGAGGCUGAGGAGCUGUCCUUGGAUGCGGCAGAGCUAGUGAUCACGAGCACGAAGCAGGAGAUCGAAGAACAGUGGGGCAUGUACGAUGGUUUCGACGUGAAGCUCGAGAGGGUGUUGAGGGCCCGAAACCGGAGGGGGGUGGAUUGCCACGGCCGGUAUAUGCCGAGGAUGGCGGUUAUUCCUCCAGGUAUGGAUUUUAGCAAUGUCGAGGUCCAAGAAGAUGCGACGGACAUGGACGGAGAAUCGGCUCUCGAAGGUUCUUCUCCGAGGUCGAUUUCCCCUAUAUGCUCCGAUGUGAUGCGCUUCUUCACGAAUCCUCACAAGCCAAUGAUCUUGGCCUUAUCGAGACCCGACCCGAAGAAGAACAUCACCACCCUCGUGAAAGCCUUUGGCGAAUGCCGCCCUUUAAGAGAGCUAGCGAAUCUCACGCUGAUCAUGGGCAACAGAGACGACAUCGAUGAAAUGUCGUCAGGAAAUGCUAACGUCCUCACGACAGUUUUGAAGCUAAUAGACAGGUAUGACCUCUAUGGAUUUGUGGCAUGCCCGAAGCAUCACAAGCAAUCAGAUGUUCCGGAUAUUUACAGGCUCGCAGCAAAAACAAAGGGAGUUUUCAUAAAUCCAGCCCUGGUUGAGCCUUUCGGCCUUACAUUAAUUGAGGCAGCUGCACAUGGUCUUCCAAUGGUAGCCACAAAGAAUGGAGGGCCAGUCGACAUUCACAGGGCGUUGAACAACGGUCUCCUCAUCGACCCGCAUGACCAAAACGCAAUAGCAGAUGCACUACUAAAACUUCUCGCAGAUAAGAAUUUAUGGUAUGAAUGCAGGAAAAAUGGGUGGAGAAACAUACACUUAUUCUCAUGGCCGGAGCAUUGUAGGACAUAUCUCACGAGAAUUGCUGCUUGUCGCAUGAGACACCCGCAGUGGCAAAUGGACAGUACGAUGGACAACAAUGUGGCGGCCGAUGAUUCGCUCGGAGACUCCCUCAAAGAUGUCCAAGAAUCUUCUCUUAGAUUAUCUGUCGACAUAGAGAAUAAAGAAGCAACCAAAGGCGAGGGAGAGGUACAAGAUCAAGUGAAACAUAUUAUGGACAAGAUCAAGAGAGCACCGGAUAAUAGUCACAAACAAAAUGAGAGUUUGUCGAGUUUAGGUAAUAAGUAUCCAAUUCUUAGGAAAAGACGGAGAUUGUUCGUGAUAGCCGUCGAUUGUUAUACUGAUUCCGGAGGUUUUGAUAAGAAGAUGACACAAGCAAUAGAAGAGACCAUCAAAGCAGUAAAAUCAGAUCCGCAUUUAGCAAAGAUUUCCGGGUUUGUUCUCUCGACUGCGAUGCCGAUGAACGAGACUUUAGAAUCAUUGAAUAUGGGAAAUAUUCACAUGAAAGAUUUCGAUGCUUUAAUUUGCAGUAGUGGGAGUGAAAUGUAUUAUCCGGGGAGUUAUUCGGGUUCCGAAGAGGAUAGCAAAUUCUCUUUGGAUUUUGACUAUGCGAAGCAUAUUGAGUAUAGAUGGGGUCAUGAGGGCGUGAAGAGGACUAUAGUAAAACUGAUGAAUUCGCAGGAUGGUCAAGGUGAAAACAAAUCCGAGAGCUCUGUUGCAGUGGUAGACGAAGACGAGGGAUCGAGCAAUGGGCACUGUGUUUCAUUCUUGGUCAAAGAUAAAACUAAGGCAAUGCCUGUGGAUAAGCUAAGGGAGAAGCUGAGAAUCCGUGGUCUUCGCUGCCAUUUGAUGUAUUGCAGAAACUCAACACGGCUUCAAGUUAUUCCUCUUCUAGCAUCUCGAUCUCAGGCUCUACGGUACCUGUUCGUCCGAUGGGGUGUAAACGUGGCGAACAUGUACAUUAUCGCCGGGGAAAAAGGGGACACGGACCUCGAAGAACUCCUGUCGGGAUCCCAGAAGAAGGUGAUAUUAAAAGGCGCUGUCGAAAGAGGUUCAGAAGAGCUGCUCAGAACGUCCGGAAGCUACAAGAAGAAAGACAUCGUUCCGGCAGACAGCCCCUUCAUUUUCUACACAAACAACGGAUUCAAGUCAGCAGAUAUUGCGAAAGCAAUUCAAGAAGCAAGCAAAGCUGGUUAUGGGAAGUGAUCUAGUGAUGAUCUACUGAUAAAUAUAACUUCAAACUAUACAUGUUUUUUUUUUUUUUGUCUCUUUGUUUGUUGCACGUAAAUGUUACUUUAUGUUUUGCAACUGAGAGAUGGUUUUUGUUCUGAUAAGUGAGUUUUCA